AUGGCAGACCACUCAACAGAGCAGCGUCUAGCCACGCUCCGCGCCUCAAUAACCACUCUCCAAACCCAACAAGCCCAGCUAGAAGCUGAGAUAUCAGAAAUCAAGACCCAACUCAAAAACGACCCCUCGGAAACAGUGAAACGGCACAUCCGUCUCUUACACGAGUACAAUGAGAUCAAAGAUAUCGCCCAGGGGUUGAUGGGUCUUAUUGCCGAAGCACGGGGUGUGCGACACGUUGAUGUGCAGCGGGAGUAUGGUGUUAAGGAGCAGGAUUGA